AUGAAACCCAUCGUUGCUUCGUUAAUCGAGCCAGCAAAACGACCACAUGAUAAAAAUUUGUUUCAUUUUACAUCCAUUCCAUAUCAAACUACAACAAUAAAAGAUUUGGUUAUUGUUACAUGUAUAUCUCAAUCAUUUUAUGAUAGACUCGAAAAUUUGAUUGGCUCUAUUCAUUAUUAUGAACGUGGUUUGAAAAUAAUUGUUUAUGAUAUGGGACUUAGUGAAUGGCAAUUAUCAAAGUUGAAUUGUAUGGAAAAUGUUUUUGUAGAAACGUUUAAUUAUGAUAUUUAUCCAUUACAUAUUCAUGAUUUAAACAAUUAUGCAUUCAAAGCAUUGAUAGUAAAACAAGCCAUUGAUAAAUAUGGUUCAAUAUUUUAUAGUGACGCUGGUAGUGAAUUUCGUUCAACUUUAUCGUCAAUUGCAGAUAAUAUCGAACGAAAUGGUUACUUUUUAACACAACAAAAAUCGUUUAUUAACUCCCUUACACAUGAAGAUACAUUUAGAUAUUUUAAUGUGAACAAGAAUGCUUUGGAAUAUCAAGAUCAUCAUUGUUCGGCUGGACUCAUUGGAAUCAAUAAGAAGAAUGUAGACUUUUAUAAUAAUAUUUUAUUACCGUUUGUUAAUUGCUCACUAGUGAAAGAGUGUAUAGCUCCUCAAUUAUCAUCUGUCACCAAACAUCGAUUUGAUCAAUCUGUUCUCUCUAUACUUAUCAAAAAAAACAAAAAAUACACCUGUUCUGACGAUGAACGAUAUUAUGGUGAUUUUGGAUCACCAAUG